CGUAAAUAUGUCUACCUCUGUCCUUCUGUUUGUCUGUGCACAAAUCUGUGUUAUUCAGAUUGCAUUCGGACAAUAUCUAGGAGCCGCACCUGGUUUAGGAUUAGCGCCUGCUCUAGGACUUGAAGCGGAGCUCCCUUGUGGUCCCGGAUUAGCCGCAGAUGUAGCUUACGGUCCAGGCUUAGCCCCCGGUCUUCUCGGCCCUGGUCCUUAUGGAUAUGGCAUGGCAGGUCCGGCUGCGUUCGCAGGUCCGAUGCCCUACGGUCCGGCCGUUGCGUUCGGCGCAGGCCCGGCGUACGGCGGAGCUGGCGUGGGAGACGUCGCCGUCGCUGGCGAGAUGCCGGUCGCCGGCACUACUGUAGUGGCGGGACAGGUGCCUAUCCUCGGCGCUGUGCAGUUCGCUGGCGAUGUUCCCGCUGGCGGUGUCGUCACAAUAGCCGGCCGGUGCGGUUGUGGUUGUGGAGGACCAUACAUGUAUUAA